UCCCUGCCUCUCUCUCUCUCUGCAGUCAGCUGAGACAGCAGCCCAGGCGGAGGAGAAAAGCAACGGGAAGGAGCCCAAACCUUGAGCCAGGAGAAGGAAGGAAGGAAGGAAGGAAGAGCACCACCAUGGCCCCUGCUGGACUCAAAGCCGUCGUGGGAGAAAAAAUCAUGGCCGACGUGAUAAAGAAGGUAAAGAAGAAGGGAGAAUGGAAGGUGUUGGUGGUGGAUCAGCUCAGCAUGCGCAUGCUCUCUUCCUGCUGCAAAAUGACCGACAUCAUGACCGAGGGGAUCACAAUUGUGGAAGACAUCAACAAGCGCCGAGAGCCACUGCCCAGCCUGGAGGCUGUGUAUCUGAUCACUCCUUCCGAGAAGUCUGUGGAGUCUCUUAUGGCCGACUUCAAGGAGCCCCCCAAUGCCAAGUACAGAGCUGCCCAUGUAUUCUUCACUGACUCCUGUCCUGAUUCCUUGUUCAAUGAGCUGGUUAAGUCCCGUGCGGCAAAAGUCAUCAAGACCCUGACCGAAAUCAAUAUUGCUUUUCUGCCCUAUGAGUCGCAGGUUUACUCCCUGGACUCUGGCGACUCUUUCCAAAGCUUCUACAGUCCUCACAAGGCUCAGAUGAAGAAUCCCAUCUUGGAGCGCCUGGCAGAGCAGAUUGCAACCCUCUGUGCCACUUUGAAGGAAUACCCAGCCGUUCGAUACAGAGGGGAUUACAAAGACAACGCCAUGUUGGCCCAGCUGAUCCAGGACAAACUGGACGCUUACAAAGCAGACGACCCGACAAUGGGCGAGGGUCCAGACAAAGCUCGCUCCCAGCUCAUCAUCUUAGACCGUGGCUUUGACCCAAGCUCCCCGGUGCUCCACGAACUGACCUUCCAAGCCAUGAGCUAUGACCUCCUCCCCAUCGAAAACGACGUGUACAAGUAUGAGACCAGCGGCAUCGGAGAAGCUCGGGUCAAGGAGGUUCUGCUGGAUGAGGAUGAUGACCUCUGGGUUACUUUGCGCCACAAACACAUUGCCGAAGUGUCCCAGGAGGUCACUCGCUCGCUGAAAGAUUUCUCCUCCAGUAAAAGGAUGAGUACUGGUGAAAAAACCACCAUGAGGGACCUUUCCCAGAUGCUGAAGAAGAUGCCCCAGUAUCAGAAGGAACUCAGCAAGUAUUCCACUCACCUUCACCUGGCUGAAGACUGCAUGAAACACUACCAAGGCACCGUUGACAAGCUUUGCCGAGUUGAACAGGACCUGGCCAUGGGCACUGAUGCUGAAGGGGAGAAGAUCAAGGAUCCCAUGAGAGCCAUUGUGCCCAUCCUGCUGGAUGCGAACGUCAGCACCUACGACAAGAUCCGUAUCAUCUUGCUCUACGUCUUUCUCAAGAACGGCAUUACUGAAGAAAAUCUCAACAAGCUCAUCCAGCAUGCCCAAAUCCCACCAGAGGAUAGUGAGAUCAUCACCAAUAUGGCACACCUUGGAAUACCCAUUAUUACGGAUUCCACUUUACGCCGCAGAAGCAAGCCAGAAAGGAAGGAGCGUAUCAGCGAGCAGACCUACCAGCUCUCCCGAUGGACCCCGGUAGUCAAAGAUAUCAUGGAGGAUGCCAUUGAGGAUAAACUGGAUACCAAACACUACCCUUACAUCUCCACCCGAUCCUCAGCCUCUUUCAGCACUACAGCAGUCAGUGCUCGCUACGGCCACUGGCAUAAGAACAAGGCCCCCGGGGAGUACCGCAGCGGUCCCCGCAUCAUCAUCUUUAUCCUGGGGGGCGUGAGCAUGAGUGAGAUGCGCUGCGCCUACGAAGUCACGCAAGCCAGUGGGAAGUGGGAGGUGCUAAUAGGCUCCACUCAUGUUCUCACCCCACAGAAACUGCUGGAUACGUUGAAGAAACUGAAUAAAACGGAUGAAGACAGCAGCAGUUAAAGAAAUCCACUUGUUCUCCUUCUUUCCUCCAUUUUCCCGAUCCCUCCAUCGCUCACACAACAAAAUGCAAUGACUGAAUGGUCAACAUAUCCCAGUUUCCCGGUCAUUGCGCUCCCGUUGCUCUUGACUUGUGUUUCGGUGAACUUUCCUUUCCCUCUCAUCCUUUCUCCCUCCAUUCGAAGCUAAAGUAAAUAAGACAGGAACAAAACAAAAAUAAUAAUAAUAAUAAUAUUAAUAUGCAUUGUGUCUAAAGGUUACAAAAGAAAGAAAAGAAUAAUAUAUUCUAUUAGUAUAAAAAAAAUAUUAUCUCCGUAUGUAUUCUGACGAAAUAAAAAACCAAAAUCCCA